UCAUUUGUUGUUUUUUUACGUUUUUAUUUUCUUGAAUGUUAAAAGAACGACUUAACAUUACGUUGGUGAACCAUGACAACACAGGAAGCAAGGAACACUAUAACGCUAUAUUCGCAAGAAGACAAGUGUAAAUGCAAAUCUGCAGUUUCCAGGCUUCUGAAAGAACAAGUGAUCUCCCUUGACGCAGAGGGUGUUCAACUAGGUAAAGAUGGACCACUGACGUUACUACAGAUAGGGACAUUAGACGGGGACGUCUACUUGUUUGAUGUUAUGAUUAACGAGAAGAAACAAGAUAAAAUGUUCUUCAAAGAUACUACACUUGACAAAAUUCUAACAAGUACAACCAUAGUGAAAGUUAUUCAGUCUUGCUCAGGUGACAGUGCUGCUCUUUAUCACCAGUUUGGUAUCAGGUUGGAAAACGUCUUUGACACACAGGUAGCACAUCUUGUGAUUGAAGAGCACAAAGGGAAACGACUUCCUACUAGAGAGAAACUUGCAGACAUUUGUAAACUGUAUUCUCAAAAUGCCGAAGUUUACGAGGGCAAGGAUGACGUUUUGGAGUGGAGCAAGAUUGCUGGCAAUUACUGGGCAAAAAGACCUAUGACGCAAACAAUGAUCGAUUAUGCCAGUGGAGACGUUACAUCUCUCAUUCCAGAAGUUUACGAAACGCAAAAAGAAUAUAUCACAAGAAAUCAACUCCUUGAUUUGUAUGAAGAAAGGGUUCUAGAAGAAAUAGAAUUAGACAUUGAGCCGGCUGCAAAAGAAAAGCGCAAAACCAGAAAUUUGAAUAUCAGAAUGGAUAUCCUUGAAGACAUGGCCAAAAAAUAUAGACAAGGAACUGUUUAUGGAAGCAUUACGGAUAAAGAUGAGAUCAAGGCAUUGCAAGACACCAACUUCUCUGACCUGGCUGAUCACAAUAGCGUCAUAACAGAACUGAAACAGCAGUCUAUGGCAAGUUACCUGAAGUCACUUGAAGAAAAACUGGAGACACCAGAGGAGUUCAUACCAGAUCGUAGCGUCAAUUUUAAGCUUAAUGAAAUUGAACGCUUUGGCUCAGAGCAUCUUAAGAAGGAUGCGUUACGAAUUAAAGGAAAAGUCGAAGAUGUAAUAUGUUCGGAUGUGCAGAGGAAGUACAAAGCCGAUGAACCGCUCGAGAAUUUAUCAUCUACGGAAUAUCAGAUUAUCCAAAACCUAAAACCAAUUGGAGAUAAUGCCCCUAACUACCAACCGACUGUUGUUGCAUUACAUUGGAAAAUUGCGGCAACUGAAAUGCAAGACGCUACUGAUGCACUUAAAGACGACCCCGAUUACAACAUGACAAUUCCAGUUCCUAAAUUAAAGUUUUUCACUAACAACACUAACGUUCCCGGAAAUGUAAAACGGAUUGCACAAGAGUUGCUGGAAAAAAAUAAGUCUGCAAUCUUGCGUAGCAUCCCGAGAAAGUAUACGAUAAAUUCUCAACUUUCCGAUCUAACAACUUCAGAAAAGAUGGUCUUGGAACAUUUGAAGAUCAAAGCAUUGCAAGACACCAACAUCUCUGACCUGGCUGAGCACAAUAGCGUCAUAAUAGAACUGAAACAGCAGUCUAUGGCAAGUUACCUGAAGUCACUUGAAGAAAAACUUGAGACUCCAGAGGAGUUCAUACCAGAUCGUGGUGUCAAUUUUAAGCUUAAUGAAAUUGAACGCUUUGGCUCAGAGCAUCUUAAAAAGGAUGCGUUACGAAUAAAAGGAAAAGUCGAAGAUGUUAUAUGUUCGGAUGUGCAGAGGAAGUACAAAGCCGAUGAACCGCUCGAGAAUUUAUCAUCUACGGAAUAUCAGAUUAUCCAAAACCUAAAACCAAUUGAAGAUAAUGCCCCUAACUACCAACCGACUGUUGUUGCAUUACAUUGGAAAAUUGUAGCAACUGAAAUGCAAGACGCUACUGGUGCACUUGAUGACGACCCCAAUUUCAACAUGACAUAUCCGAUUCCUAAAUUAAAUUUCCUCACUAAGAACACUAAUGUUCCCGGAAAUGUAAAACGGAUUGCACAAGAAUUGCAGGAAAAACAAGAGUCUGCAAUCUUGCGUAGAAUCCCGAGGAAGUAUACGAAAAAUUCUCAACUUUCCGAUCUAACGACUUCAGAAAAGAUGGUCUUGGAACAUUUGAAAAUUUCUUCACAGAGUUACGACCCUGUCGUUGUUGACCUUCAUUGGAAGAAUAAUGUUGAGAAGUUGGAAAAGGACAUAGCAGAUUUCCGUGCUGGAAACCUUAUUGUCAAUGAUGGUCUACGGAGGAAACUAGACUUUUUUCAAAAAAGUGAAUCAGUUCCAGUGGAAGUAAAGCAAAAGGCGUCAGAAUUUCUGCAACUAUUACUGUUAUCCCAGGGUAACAGUGGCAGAGGGAGGAGAAGGACAGUUGAUCGUUGAAUCGAUUUAAAUUGGUUCAAGUCUAUGCAGACAAAAUCCUACACAGUGACUAGUUUAUUUUAACAUUUAAUUGAACAAGUUUUGUUACCUUUUUUAAUUGCAUGAAGUACAUAAAAUAAAUUUUACGGAUUGAGUAGGAAGCUUUAAAUGUUGUUUUUUGUUGUUUUAUUUUUGAAAACUCUCUCCGGUAUUAGUAUUUCAUAGAUUUUAAAUAAAUGGAAACAAAAUAUCCAAUGAAUAAACCAAACUAUACACAUCAUUUCAACUUAUGCUUGCUUUGUUACGCAUACAUACUAUAUUCAUAAUAAGUAUUCAUAAACUAAAUUCAUGAUUCAUAGGUGUUCGAUUUGAGGUAAAUGUAUAAGCUUGCACGAACAAGAUUUUAUUUUGAAAAAAUGGAUACAUUGUUUAAUCUUUUUAAACAAGUACGUUAGGAAAAAUCAUUGAUUAGAAGAUGUGGCGUGAAGAUGAAAUAAUAAGGAAUAAAAAGAAGAAAUAGGAAAAAAACACAACAUUACAUUUAUCU